UAAAAAUGAAUUACAACUGGCAGACAACUGGCGUCGGCGAUCGCACGGCCAACCGCACGUGGACGCUUGAGAGUCAGAGCCAACACCAACUUCCACCGUUACAAAUUGACGACCCACGUGAGGCGGUGGUCGACAACACCGAUCUUGACGUGAGUUUAACGUGCGACAUGAAGGAUGUACUUAUGCAAUAUGGAAUGCUGCUUGCUGCACUGGCGAAUGCGUUUGUGUCCCUGUUGACUCUUGUUGUACAAUGCAAUCUUAGUGCGGCGUGCGUGAAGCAAAGAUAUGCCAGCAUAAUAGAAUCUUUGACGGACGAUACGCGACUUGACUCAAAAGUCACUCGGAUUACGUGUCGAGAGAGAGGAACGACGACAGAUGAACAAGAAUCAGAGUCUCGACAGCAAAGUAACAUUGACACGACAGAAAGAAGCAACGGUGUUCAGGGAUUCGUGCAGAGAAUGGUGGAAAUCUCAAAAUUUCAAGUGUUGAAGGGAGACAAUGAGAGACCAGUCGGCUAUCUCGUUACGGCUCACUGGCUUGUCCCCUUUCUCGUUGUAGGAAUUUUAUAUUUCGCCGAAUACGACGAUAUGAACGCCGCUCGACAUACGGAGGCUAUUGAGUGCAUAUUCGAGAGCAAUUUUCCUAUGAACGACUUCUGCGUAUUUUUAGAUGCUGAAAAUAGCUCGAAGACGGCCAACUCCAUUGCACAUGUAACACUGGGGAACAAUUAUCCUCUUGAUGAGGAAUUAUUGAAUCAGUCUAAACCCAGCAACGUAGAAAUAAAUCAGAUAGUCUCGAAAGUGCAGGAUAUUGUCAGAACCGUGUUAAAUUACACACGCGACUCUGCAGUAAACGUAGAAAAUAUAAAUUUUCGCGACAACUCUUCCGAGUCGCGAAACAUCACGAAAUACGUUGUCAAUGAUGCAGUCAUUUAUAGAGAAAAUGAUACAAGUAUUGAUGCUGUAAUUCAGACACUGUACGGUACAUUGAUGGACCACGAUGCUGCAGCGAAGGAAAAAAAUCCAACUGGGAACCUGGGCAACGUACCACAAAUAUCAACCGAAAGCAAGCACGACAGCUAUCAAGGAACUACCGAUACUCCCAUUGUGCGAAAUGCGACGCUCGCUUCCAACAAUGAAAUAUACAACGACAUAAUAAAACGCAUUCAAGCUGCUAGCGCGCACAGCAGUGCAGCGCAAAAUCAUUAUGAUUCACGCGACAAUGGGAAACAGCCGGAACGAAAUGGUUUGAGAAAGCCACAUUCGAUCAGACAUUUAUCUCCCAGCGAAACUGAUCGUUUCAAUCAGUACAUCAACUCGGUGACGAGACGCGAUUCAGAGGUAAAUCUGCAGCGUGCGAUCAACAAGUGUCUCCUCUCGAUGAAAUUCUUGAAGCUACAUCUGCUUGCACUAUCCUUCACGAUAUACUUUCUACCGAUUCUGCUCUCCUGUAUCCUGCAAGUGCGUGGAAGGCACGUGUGCAAGAGUGCACUCGCGAUGCUAAAGGCGAACGUUGACCUCGCAUCUACCCUGCUUCGCAGCAAUUCGAACGAGGAAAAGAUUAGCAAGUCUUUCUUAAAAUUUUGGCUUUCCGUGAACGACAAAAAGGCUCGUCGUCGGAGCUCGGUAGAGGAAUCUGACGCGCCAAGACAAGAACCGGGUUUCACGCAGAGCUGCAGCAAUGGAGCGGACGUAGAGGCGAUGAGCGAGUGUCAUGAGACUCACACGAGGACGCAAAGUCAAAAUACACUCGAGAUAGAUAGCAUGGUAAGGAUACUCGACACUGUCAAGCUAUCGCUGAUCCUCUGCGUUCUUCUGUGGACGCCAAUAUUCCUGGAGACUCUACUGAGAGCAUUCUCGUGCACUCAGGCACCUCGAUGGUGGAACAGCGUGACAUUUUCUAGCGCAGUCUCAUUCGGUAUCGUAAGAAAUGCUCUCAACAUAAGUAUAAUGAGAAUUCAAGAAGUAUGUGAUAACGCUGGUGCAAAAGAAAACAAAGUACAUCCAAUUAAAUGAAAUAUACUUAACAGUUGCGACCAAUAAUAUAUCUGAACGUUGAUAGCAUCAAUCAUGAUCAUAAUAAUAAUAAUAAUUGGCUCGAGGAUCAUGUAUUGUACGAGCAUUGCUCUCGAUACUGACAAUAAAUUUUAUUUAUCAUCUAUAAAAUACAUACACCUAUAUAUAUACAAAGUAUUAAAUCAAUUUCGCGCGAUUCGACUUUAAACGCUCUGGUCAUUCUUCGGAACAAGGAUAUCCCUCGUGUCGGUAAAACAACGGGUUACCACAUUUUUCUAACAUUUAGCGGUAAAAAAAUUUAGCGACAAUGACACAGGUACGUCGUUUAUUGCGGUAAAUGAUUUAGCACGAUCGUCGGAGCGUACGUGAAACGAAUUAAUAUGUAUAUGAAACGAAUUCGUACGUAAACGUUCGCUCACCACGCGUUUAUCACUCACUUAUCGCGAAUAAAAUUCCGAUCGCUAUGCAGACAGCUGUGUGGACACGGUUGUUGGCAGACUCUCCGAUCUCGGAGACCGCUGCGAGCGUUGAUUUAGUUUUUCGUGGCUGCAAACGUCUCGCACACGUUGGUCACGCGAGCGAAUUUUCCAAUUGUUAUCGCCGAACGUGAUAGCGAGCAGUAACAAGUAAUGGAAAAAACAAUUAACGCUAGAGACGCGAACAACACUGUGCGCGUAUGUACGUCACGAGUCCGAGUUAACCUUAACAAUCCUUCAGCUUAACAAAUGCGCGCGCAACUCGCGAUUAUGUAUCGACAAGUUGUAUCGCACGAUGGAAACGUCACACGUGCGAGCGAUGCCAUUUGAAUGCGGCAUACGCGUAAUUUUCCACGAAUAUUCGUAGAAUCUAACACUCGACAUGAAUUCUUCAGCGUCUGAAAGAAAUUUCGAAUUAAAUUUGAUGAAUUUGUCCAUUGUUUAUCACAGACUUUUUAUUUUGAAAAGAAAUCAAAACUUAAUUGUUUAAUUGUAAGUAAUUUCCCCGACAAUUUCCAGCGAUAUUAUAUCUUAAUUAAAUAAAGCAUGUAAUAUAUA